AUGCGUUCGCGUCGGCGAGAGGAGGGAGGAGAAGAAGAGAGGCGCGCAUUCACCUCGGAGUUUUCUUGCGCUUCUUCCUCCUCGCCUCUGCGUUCGUUUGCUUCCUCGCUGCCGUUCUUCGCCGCGACAGCUCGGCGCCUCGGGGCGACGCAGACGCUUCGGCGAGCGAAAAUGACGACGCGUGCGUCGCCCCUGUCUCCGUCUCCCGUCUAUGCACACUCCGACUCGUCUUCCUCCUCCAGCUUUCCUCUUCGGUGUGUCGCCUCUCCCCGGGUCGGGACUGCCUCUGCGCGCUCGUCUUCUUCGCCAUUCUCUUCGGCGGCCCCCGUGUCGCCUCCGUCGGGCGCGUCCCCUCUCUCGCCGUUGGGCGCGACCGCGCGGGAGACAGCUGUCUCCGACGGCGGGCCUGGCGCGGCGGUGGGCGGACACACCGCGGGUGCCGAGGGGGACGGCGGCAACGCUCGAGGAACGGCGCGCAUGCAGAGUGCGCGCGAAGCCUUCGCCCUCGAGUCCGCGCCGCCCGCAGAGGCGAGCAGAGGCGGCCUCAGCGUGGAGUCUCACGGCGACGCGGGGGGCGGCGCCACGCGCCUGGGAUGGCCUGCGUCUGCUGGAGGGCGACGGCGAGGAAGCCGUUCGUUCGCGUUGUUCCUGAUUCUUCUCCUCUCUAUUGUGCUGUUUGUCUCCUUCGUCAUCACGCCCUUCUCCUCCUUCCUCAUUGAUCUCUCGUUUCCGCAGCAUGGAACGCUCUCAGCCUCGUCACCUUCCGCGUUCCCCGACUCCUCUCUCUUCGCAUCUGCGCCCGCCCCUGGGUCCUCUGGUGUUGUUGCAGCCUCGGACGCCGAGAAAGGCGCGACGGCAAACCCCUCGUCUCCUCCGCUAGAUGUGCAGGGAGUUUCUUCCGCUUCUCAGCCGCCUCGCCCGCCCAAGACGCCCUCCCAGCUGCGGCUGGAGGCGGCGAGGGCGCAAGGCUACUCCGCGGCCGCAGCGUUUCCCGAUGACCUCGCCGUCGAGGGCUCCGACGGCGCGCGGGGUGCGUCUCAGGCCGCCAGAACGUCCCUCUCGAAUACGCUUUUCUCUCGUUUCGCGCCGCUCGCUUUGUUCUCUUCGCUGAGCGGGUCGCGCAGCCCCCCCGCCAACUCUCCGGGGCAGAAACCGCAUGAGGCGACUCCCCCAAGCGGCGCCGCCACGCCCCCCGAGGGGCCUUCGCCUCCGACCGCGGUCGGAGGCGACGGCCCCUCGGGAACGGACGGUGGGGGAGCUGCGGGCGACGGAGGCUCCCUCCCGCUUUUCACGUCGUACAGGCCAGUGGGCUGGGGGGCGGAGGGGGACGGAGGGGGCGUGGCGGAUCCGCAGACCUCCUCGCCGGCGGCGGCAAGCUCCGCCCCGGACGCGCCUGUGGCGCCGACGGCGACAAACGCGAGUGGCGGACCUGCGGAGGGCGCAGCUGUCCCCUCCACGCCUGCGACCGCGGGGGGCGGGGCGUUCCCUGCGAGCGGAGCCCACCCGCUAGGGCCUUUGUUGCCUUCGGGGGGGACGGCCGACGGGUGGCGGGGCGAGCUCGCGGAGUUUGCAGACUACAACGGCGAUUCGCACGUGGAUAUGAUUUUUAUUUCGCGGGCCGCGCCUGGUCUCGAGCGGCAGCAGUCCCUGCCGCCAACGGGGUCUACGGGGCCUGUCUCUCCGCUUGCCGCGACUCCGAUUCAGCCAACGAGCACGCCGCGGUCGCAGACGUUCGCGUCCGUGUACGUCUGGGCCCCCGCGGCAGGCGCCUUCCGCUUCCUCGUCAAGACCGAGAUCCCCGACUCCGCCGAGGCCCUCGUCGCCCUCGACUGGAACGGCGACGGCCGCGCAGACCUUCUCGCCGUGUGCGUGGCGGGUCCCCACGCGGUCGCAGAGGCGCGCCGCGAGGCCGCGGGCCUCCUGCGUCGCCUCGAGGCUGAGGAGGAAGGCGCCACGCACACGGCGAGAAGGUCUGCGCUCCCGCUCGAGGAGGCGGAGGGAAGGCCAGAGGGCGCAGCCGACGAAGGCGCGCAGGCGGAGGGGCUCCGGAAGGAGACAGGGCCAGGAGCCGCAGAUCGGAAGAGGCAGGUUGAGGGCGCCGCGCGAGAGGUAGAGAGCGAGGUCGCGGGCAAGCAUUUCUACUUGGUCGCAUACGUGCAGCGCGCCGACGGGCGGCUAGAGAGAGUCUGGGACUCGAUCUCAGGCGUCGACGCGCUGCUGGCGCGUCUGGAGAAACAGCGGGCUCUGCGCCGCUCGCGCGUCGAGCGGGCGCAGAGGGCCGUCGCGAGAAGAAGACAGCGGGAGGCGCGCACAGGCCUGGGCAAGAAGACGGUCCAGCGCGACGCCCUCGAGGGGACGACUGCUCUGCGUGCGCAGGACGCUGGCGCGUUCGCGAAGGAACGGCAGGAAAAAGAGGCGGAGCAGGCUGCAGAGAGAGGAGGCGAGGAGGACGCGAAUGCUCACGGGGAGAGCGCCCCCAGGAGACGCAGGCUGGCUGACGGAGGUGCUCCCGAGGACUCUGAAGGGGGGGUCGUGAAAGAGGCCAGCGGAGAAGAAAAGGCUGCGUUGGCGGCCGCCGCCACCCCACAGCCGGGCAGCAACCAGCAAGACCAGGCUGGGCACGCGGCGUCCGUUUUUGGCACUGCAUUCUCCGCCUGGGCGUCUCCGCUGCGGAGGUUCACGAACCGAAGCCUGACGUUCGCGGGAUCAGCCCCUGUGGCUUCGGCCGCGCAAUCGCCUUCUUCUCCCUCGCCGUCGUCUCUGCCCUUUUCUUCGCCUGCCGCCUCCACCUCGGGGCGCCGCGCGGCAGUCGCCACGCCUUGCAGCCGCGGCGGGCGCGCGAAGCAGACUGUCGAGUCGCUCGCGGCUGACUUCACCGCCUCUGUGGGGUCGGCGAACGACGCCGAGGGAGACGGUGAUCAAGAGGCGCGCGACCGCGAGGCUCCUGCGGCGCCUGAGCAAGAGGAUGGAAUUUCGGUUCAAGGCGUGCGCGUGUGGGCGCGGUUUCCAGAGUCCCGCGGCGCGCCGCGGGAGUGCGACGCGACGCGCAAGCACCUCGAGGCGCUGGCGGCGCUGCCGCUUCUGCGCUACUCCUCCAUCCAUCCGCUGGUCGCCGACGUCACCGUGGACGGCCGCCCAGAUCUUGUCGCGCAGGCGCCCCUCUUCGCCGCCCCGUCCUCGUCUCCGCCGUCCUUCUCUGACCAAGUCCGACGCUUCGUCUGGGUGGCAUCGCCCAGCGCCACGCCCGUCGCCGACCGAAACCGCGGGGGUCUGGCAGGCGCCUUCCGCCGCCUGGCGGGCGACGCGGCGCCUGCGUCGCAACACGCAGAGACGGCGCUUGGGUCCGUAGACGCGAGAGGCGACGCCGAGGACGAACGACGCUGGCGAGCUCUCCGCGCGGAGCCGACAGCGCCAGCAGACGGCCGCGAGGCAGAGACUGCGGCGACCGCACGCGGUGAAGAAGGCCAAGGGCAGCGCAGCGCGGGCACCGCAGACGCAGCCGCGGAAGAGGAAGCGGCCGCGAGACAAAGAGUGGAGGAGGAGGCCUUCCAGCCGGUGCUCUGGAGAGAUCUCGAGAUGUGGGUCGCGAAUGCGGCGGAAGAAGAAGACAAGCAGAGACUCGGGAGAAUCGUCUCGCCGCACAGCAGCGCGGUCGUCGACCUCGACGGCGACUGUCGCCCCGACCUCGUAUUCCAAGUCGAGCUGCCUGCCUCUGCGUCGUCGCCGCCUUCGCCCUCUUCGAGAUUUCUCGAGAUUUGGUUGAGUCGCUUCAAUCCAAGCGACGGCCGCGCGCGCUUCUCCCUCGGCAGCGAGGGCGCGUUCCUUCCGCUUCCAGCAACCGCUGGACAGGUCGCCUUCGCGGACUUCAAUGCGGACGGGACGCUGGAUCUCGUGAUGCCGACGUGCCUCACCGCGGAAGCCUGCAACGGCUGCUGCGUCGACGCAGAUCGCAUCGUCUUCGCUCCGAACAAGCAGCCGGGCCUCUGUCCGUCGCUGUGGAGCUUCAGCGACCAAAGCCGCGGCCCCUGCAAGGCGGCAGACAAUCUCUGCGGCACUUCGGAGUUCUUCAGCCUCCCCCCGAUGAACGAAACUUCUAACCAAUUCACCGUCUCGGCCAUCGACGCCGACCCUCGCGUGCACUUCUACGGAGACAGCGAUCAUCCUGCUACCUUGCGCGUCGGCGACUGGAAUGGGGACGGCUUUCCAGACUUGGCUUUCAUCGCGGUGCGGAAUGGCGGCUACCGGACUGCGCGUCUUUACCACAACGUCCCUGCGGAGAACGACCCGGCGCUUCGGACCUUUGAACUGGCUCACGAUUUCUCGCCGCAGGAGGGCGGAGACGGGACUGCGCUGCUUUUUGAUCAGAUGUCUUUCUUCGACCUCUUCGAGGAUGGGAGCCUCGACGUGUUUUGCAUGGGUCAGACUCAGCCGCCGGUCUUCUCGCCCUCGCCGUUCAGCAACAGUCGCGCAUUCCUGCGCUCCGCGGACAGCGACGCGCGAUUUCUCAAAGUCACCACUCUGAGCGCAGCCGACGCGGUGCACAGUGCGAGUCUGGGCGACGGCGAGCUUCUGAAUUUGAUUCAUCAAAACGAAGGAAAGGGAGAAAAGGGCGCAGCGACUCUGCUUCAGCUGCUGCGCGACGACGUGCCUCCAUACGGCGUCGCCUCUCACGGACCUGCGUUCAAGCUGACUGUCACCGAUCUGAACGGCCUGAAGACGCCGCGAACAGCCACGCAGCUCAGUCAGUCGGCGCACUCGCCGCUCCAGCUGCCGUACGUCUUCUUCGGUCUCGGCCGCACAAACAACUACAUCGAGGAAUUCUACGUCGGCAUGCCGCUCUACGCGCAGAUUUACUACAACAUGUGGAUUUCUCUGAUUCCGAAUUCCCAAGUCGUUGUUUCGCCGUCUCCACUCUACUGUCCGCAAGCGUGGCAGUUGGAUCUCUCCGUCAAUCCAUCGAAACACUUUUUCUACAUCCUCGUCACGACGGUGAUUUGCCUCAUCGUCGUUGCCAUUAUUAUCUUCAUUCUAGAUCGGCGCGAGAAGGCAGAAGACUCGGAACUUCACCGCGGCUUCCGCAGUCACUUCAUCAUCAACUGA